AUGCCCCGGCAGCGGGGCGCCCGCCCCCGGAGCCCCACGACCCUCCGGUUUCUGUCUUGCCAACGUCCUUCAACGCCUGCGUGCCUUGGCCUGGCGCGGCUGCGCCCCCCCGCCGCCCCCCGGCCCGGCCCCCGCUUCGCCGCCGCUUCCCUUGGGCACCGGCCCCUGAAAAGCUGCGCUCCAUUCCGGGGCUGGGACUCCGAGGAGGGGCGACCCCUCCGCUGCCAGCCCCGGGAGGAGCCGCCCCCCUGCCCCGGGGAGCCCCGCGCCCCUCCCCGGCCGGCGCUGCCCCCGAGCACCACAGCCAUAGCCCCGGGCUGCGGCGGGCACCGGGGCGGGACCCCCGGCGGGACCCCCCGGCCCCGCUCCCCGACCUGCCGCACUCAGGGCAGCCCUGGGCGGCAGCGGAGGAUGAGGCAGAGAAUUCACCCGGGGCUCCAGAGCCUCACGACCAACUCCAAAGAUGCGGCAAAGAGACGGGCGGAGCGGAGGGGUCCCCGCGGGGCCGGGAGCUCCCCCGGCCGGGGCUGGGGGCCCGGAGCGCGGAGCCCGCCCCGCCUCGGCCGCUCCGCGGGGCCGGCGCAGGCAGCAGCACCCCCAGAGCGAGACCCCGCGCACGGCUCAGGGCAGCGCAGCCUCGGCCGUGCUCUUGCAACAGAUGCCAAACCCCACAGCGCUGCUGGAAAUCAGGUCAGCGAUCGCCUGCGGCACGCUGGAGCCUCGCUCAUCAUGCCGAGGCUGCGGGGCGAGGUGGCACAGGGCAGCCCCGCUCCAGCGGCCGCCCCCGGGCCCGUGGCAGCCAGGGCUGUCCCUCCACCGCCGGCCCGGCUGAUCGCCUCCUCCUCCUCCUCCUCAGCGCAGGCAGGAGCUGUUCCCUUGCCAGACACGCGGCUCCAGUCACAACACGAGCCGGGAGCCGCCGGCGGAGCCUCCCACGCGGGAGCCCAGCCCCACGAACCGACCCCACGAACCCAGCCCCAUGAAUCCAGCCCUGAUUCCACAGCCCAGCCCCACGAACCCAGCCCUGGUUCCAUAACCCAGCCCCACGAACCCAGCCCCGGCCGGCGCUGA